GCGAGUAAAAGUCAGGUGGCAGUCUGCGUUGGACGGCGGCAGCAGCAGCAUGGGUGCCGACGACUCCGUUGCCGUUUCCACGGGCAUGAGCGCCGUCGACUAUGUCGUGCUGAUCGGCCUGCUGGGCGGCUCGCUCUUCAUCGGCGUCUAUCAUGCCAUCUUCCGCAAGCAGAAGUCGACGGCCGACUACCUCGUUGGCGGCCGAAGCAUGCCUCUCUUGCCGACGGCCAUCUCCCUCCUCGCCAGCUACAUCUCUGCCAUCCUCAUCCUUGGUGUCCCAGCAGAAUUCAGUUACCAUGGAUCAGCUCUGUGGGAGGCGAUGUACAGCAACAUUAUUGCGUUUCCCUUGGUCGCCUACAUCUUCGUACCAACGUUUUAUCGAUUGAAGCUUACUUCAGCGUACGAGUAUCUCGAGCUGCGAUUCGACAACUACUUGAUCCGGCUGCUGGCCUCGCUGACUUUUGCGAUGCAGUCCAUGCUUUACCUGGGAGUGGUGGUGUUCGCACCCUCCAUAGCCCUGCACACCGUCUCCGGCUUUCCUUAUUGGGUCUCCAUGGUCAGCAUCGGACUCAUAGGCACCUUUUACACAGCGAUCGGUGGACUGCGAGCCGUCGUGUGGACUGACGUCCUGCAGGGCGUCCUUAUGCUCGGGGGACUUGUGGCCAUCAUCGCUAUCGGUGCCUUUAGAAUCGGCGGUCUUGGUGAAGCAUUCAGAAUCAGCGGUGAGCACGGCAGGCUGGAUUUUUUAAAUUUCGACCCAAAUCCGUUUUUACGGCACACAACCCUGAUCUGCGUGAUCGGCGGGCUUUUCAACACGACGGCUACUUUCGGCUGCCAUCAAACCUCCGUGCAGAGAUAUUGUAGCACGUCCACUCUCAAAAGUGCUGUCUGGACGAUGCUGCUGAAUAUUCCGUUGCUGACGUUGAUGGUCAGCUUGGGGUGGAUAGCUGGCGCAGUGGUGUUCGCCAACUACGCCGAGUGCGAUCCCGUGCUCACUGGACACAUCAAGAACAAAGACGCCAUCGUCCCAUAUUUUGUGCUUCGCUAUUUUUCAGGCACACCGGGUCUCGUUGGUCUUUUCGUGGCCAGUCUCGUCAGUGCGUCCUUGAGCUCCGUCUCCUCGUUGCUGAACUCAAUGGCGGCUGUGGUAUGGCAAGACUUUUUCAGUCAGUUGUCCUACUUCAGUAAAAAGGACGAACACGCGCAGCUGAACAUAACAAAAGCUUUAGGAUUCAUUUUCGGAUUCAUGAUGAUUGGCCUGGGAUUUUUGGUCAGCAACAUGUCCGGGCUCAUCCAAACCACCUUCACCCUAGUCGGCGCCAUUCAAGGCCCUCUUCUGGGCGUGUUCCUCAUCGCGCUCUUCGUUCCUUGGGCAAACAAAUACGGCGCCGUUGUGGGCAUGCUCUGCGGGCACGCUCUCUCAAUCUGGAUCACGUACGGGGCGCUCAAUCUGACUGCCAAGCCACCCUACCUGCCCUUGUCCGACCAAAACUGCGCGAAUGAACCCUGGUUUGAGUCGGCUUACGGCACAAACAAAACCAUCAGCGGACACUUCCCGGGGGCUAGAUAUACUUAUACCCCGUCCAGCCCGGUCCAACCAGACAUUGAAUGGCCAGACAAGUUGUAUACAAUUUCCUACAUGUACUACGGAGCUCUCUCUUGCUGCGUCACGAUGGUUAUUGGUUUCGUGAUAAGCACAUUGACAGCUUGCUUAGUGAACACGAAGCCAGACGUCAAACUGUUGCAUCCUCUGGUGUGGAGAUUCGUGGUUUCGGAGGAGGAGAAAAAGGAGAAGAGCAAUUACGGAAUCAAGCCAAAACUCGACGGGCCAAGGGAUGAGAAGUGCAGCUGUUCCUCCUACACACUGUCGUCUGAACUUUAAUGAGCUCUUAAACUAAUAGAAACGUACAAACAUUGCAGUGACUGAAUGUUGGCGCAUAAAAGCAGAUUGAUGGAAAAUGGCAAAAAAAUUAAUUAUUUUUCCAUUUUUGCCAACGUAUUUCACUAGGACGUAAAACACUAAGAGUCAAAGGCGCAUUUUGUAAAUGUAUUUUUUAAUAUUUAAUCAUUGAUCGGAGUUAGUGAUUGACAUUCAACACUUUAGGAUUAAAUUAUUUAUAAUAGAAUUAAUUUGUACAAAUUGGUAAAGAUCUAGAAUUUUUUACAGUAAGCAAAAUAGGAAAUUACACAUGUUUAAGAAACUUAA